AUGCCGCAGCUCUGUGAUGUUGCAAUUCAUGUUAAUGGUCAACAGACUUUCUUUCUAAAUCAGAAAAUUCUAUCAGCAUAUUCAGGAAAGCUAAAGAAGAUCAUCAGGCAAGAAAAGCGAAAAUCCCAGAUUAAGAAUUCAAGUAUUGAAAUUGAUGAUUUCCCUGGAGGCCCAGAUGGAUUUGAGCUGGUUUCAAGAUUCUGUUACAAUCAUGGCAAAAUCAAAAUCACAGUUUCAAACGUGGUACUUCUCCAUUGCUGUGCAGUCUUUCUUGGCAUGACUGAGAAUGUCUCCACGAGCAAUCUCUUGAAACAGACACAGACAUUUCUUGAUGGAAUGAUUUACUGGUCUUGGCACGAUAUAAUUGCCAGUCUCAAAAGCAGUGAAUCAUUCUUUACAUAUGCAGAUUCAUCUGGAAUUGCAGAAAAGCUCAUUUUUUCACUAUUGGCGAAGAUUGCACAGAAUUCAGAUUUUGCAACUCUCAUUGCUUCCUCUUCUUCCUCUUCAUCAUCUCCUGAAACUGCGUCUAGAUUCAGGUUUUCUUCCUCAGCUAAAACCACUCCUGAGUCAACUAAGCCAGGUUCAUCAAGCAAACAGUGGUGGUUUGAUGAUUUGAACAUAUUACCUCCAAUGAUUAUUGAAAAGGUAAUAACCAAUAUGGGGGCUUAUGGAACUGAUAACAAUAGCUUAAUCCUUACAAGGUUCCUACUCCAUUACCUGAAAACUGCCGUACUUCAGUGCAAAGGUGGGGCAAAAAGUACUGCUUCGUAUUCAAGAUCAGACUAUGCUGGUAUUGCAGACACAGCUGUCCAUGGAGUGAUUUUUGCGAGCAGAAGUUCAUUUUCUUGCAGAGGCCUGUUUUCAGUAUUGAGGAUUGUGUCUGGGUUUGGUCCGGGCAAAGAUUGCCGAGCCAAGCUGGAGAGAUUGAUUGGUGGAAUGCUUGACCAAGCAACGUUGGAUGACUUGCUGGUCUCUGGCCAUGAUGGGGGCGUUUUUGAUGUUAAUCUGGUAAUAAGAUUGAUGAGAAUAUUUGUUACUAUUGAUUUGCUGUCCUCACAGAAGUUGAUGAAGGUUGGCAGAUUGAUUGACAAGUACUUGUGUGAAAUAUCGCCUGAUCAAAACCUUAAGACCUCAAAAUUUCUGGGAGUUGCAGAAAGUUUACCCGAUUCUGCAAGAGAUUGCUAUGAUGGGGUCUACAAAGCCAUUGAUAUCUAUCUUGAGUCUCACUCAACACUUUCAUUUGAGGAGCGGUCAAGAUUAUGCAGAUGCCUCAACUACAGGAAGAUGAGCCUUGAAGCAUGCAAAGACCUUGCCAAGAAUCCAAGAAUCCCUCCUAAUAUUGCAGUUGAAGCACUCAAGUUACAACAUUCUAAAUUACCAAAACAUGAGUACUCUGUCUCUGUCAAAGACAUCGAGGGUCCUAGCACGAGCAGUUCCUCGCACAUGGUCUUGUACGAUGAUAAUGUUGAGAGCCUUUCACAAGAGAACCAAAACAUGAGAAUGAACAUCCAAAGGAUGCAAUGGAGGGUGAUAGAGUUGGAGAGUGCAUGUAGGGAGAUGAAGGGUCGGAUGUCAAAGUUGGUGGUUAGGCAUGAUGUCAAUGACAUGAGCAUUACUACCCCUUGUAAUUACAGUAGAUCAUCUUUGCCAAGACUCUGUUAA